GGUGAUGCGAGGGUGGAGCGAGGUUGGAGCGAUGGUGGAAUGAAGGGUGAGAAAGUGUGGAGAGGAGUGAGCAGGGAUGGAAAGCGGAGAGAAUUAAAUGAAGUUGGGGUGAUGGGCGGGGUCACGAUGAAGAGUUGGGCGCGAGGGCGGAGCGGGGGUGGAGUGAAGGGUGGAGUGAAGGGUGGAGUGAAGGGUGGAGUGAAGGGUGGAGUGAAGGGUGGAGUGAAGGGUGGAGAAGGAUGGAGUGAGGGUGGAGCGAGGGUGAAGCAAAGAUCGAGCAAGGGCAGCAAGGGCUCAAUGAAGGGUGGAGAAGGAGAAUGUUAG